ACGGGAGGCGUCCUGGGAUCCGCCGAAUGGGCGUCCGCGGCUGCACAAGCGCGCUGCGGGGCUUUGCCGGAGCCGCGAACGGCGCUGGCUUCUCCCCGGUAGCACGCCAGGGUGCCGGCUGGUGAGGAAAGCGGCUGCGAGGAGAAGGAGGAGGAGCAGCGGCGGCAGCAGCAGGAGGAAAGCGGGAGGGAGGUGGUCGGAGUGCAGCCGCUGCCCUUGGGCCGGUCUCUUCUAACUAAGCCGGGGAAUCAUGGCAUCUCUAGUCCACACAGUCCAGGAGAAUGGGCGCAUAGCCGCCGGACUCCUGCUCAACCUGCUGGCCUCCAUCUGCAUUGUUUUCCUUAACAAAUGGAUCUAUGUGCACUACGGCUUCCCCAACAUGAGCCUGACCCUGGUGCACUUCGUGGUGACCGGGCUGGGCUUGUACAUCUGUCAGAAACUGAACAUUUUUGCCCCUAAAAGUCUGCAGCCCUCCAAGGUGCUGUUCCUGGCCCUCAGCUUCUGUGGCUUUGUGGUUUUCACCAACCUCUCUCUCCAAAACAACACGAUAGGCACCUAUCAGUUGGCCAAGGCCAUGACCACCCCCGUGAUCAUAGUCAUCCAGACCCUGUUCUACAAGAAAACCUUCUCCGUCAAAAUCCAACUCACUCUGAUACCCAUAACUUUAGGUGUCAUCUUAAAUUCUUACUACGACGUGAAGUUUAAUUUCCUUGGAAUGGUGUUUGCUUCUCUCGGGGUGGUAGUUACGUCCCUUUAUCAAGUGUGGGUAGGAGCCAAACAGCAUGAGCUGCAGGUGAACUCCAUGCAGUUGCUAUACUACCAAGCCCCGAUGUCCUCUGCCAUGUUACUAAUGGUUGUACCCUUCUUUGAACCCAUAUUUGGGAAAGGAGGAAUCCUUGGACCCUGGUCGUUUUCUGCCCUGCUUAUGGUGCUGCUAUCUGGUGUAAUCGCCUUUAUGGUAAAUUUAUCCAUAUACUGGAUCAUUGGAAAUACUUCGCCAGUCACGUAUAACAUGUUUGGACACUUCAAAUUCUGUAUUACCUUAUUUGGAGGAUAUGUUUUAUUUAAGGAUCCACUGUCAAUUAAUCAGGGACUUGGCAUUUUAUGCACAUUAUUUGGCAUUCUAACCUAUACUCAUUUUAAACUUAGUGAGCAGGAAGGCACCAGGAGCAAAUUGGUACAGCGUCCUUAAGGGAGUUUUCAUAGAGAUAAUAUAAUUGCCUCAGGCAGUUGAAAAGUGUUGCCAAAUGUGCACUGAUUUUUUUAUAAUAAGCAAAAAAUUAAUUUCAAAAUCCACCACAAUAAAUUCUACUACCAGGAUAUAAAAAUAAAGCAUAUUUUUACAUGUUAAAACUGAUUUUGAAUUUUUAAAUGAUUGUUUUCUCAAAACACAGGUGACCCACAUGGAAUUUUAGAAGUCAUCUUUUUAACCAUAAAAGAGGAUGGCUUCAUCCAAAUAAGUACAUUAAAAUUAAAGUUGUUAUAGUAAUGCUAAAGGGAUUUUUGCCAGUACCAUAUCACAAUUACGGUUUUUUUUUGGGGUGGGGGGGUUUGUAUUCAUGCACUAAGAAAUAUUGAUGGCACAGGACUAUUUUCCAGAAUGUACAUUUUCAUUUAAUAUAGCAUAUGUAUUAUCACUGGUAAUUUCUCAUCAAGUGGCAUAUAUAGUAUCACUCUGGGAAAAAUAUUAGAAUUUGAAAUUCUGCUGGAUUUGGUUAAACUUCAGGAUUAUUUCAUUUGGAGAAAUCAGAGUGAAAUCGAUAAGAAGACUAAGACGAACUUAAGUUCCAGAUUAUUUUUGGGGGGGAAAAAUUAAUGCAGAGGGAAGUAAGUUGUUAAGAAAUUGAAGCUUUCUUAUAUUGAGUCUCGCUCUGGACCUUCUUAAUCAUACACUUGGUCCAGUGAAACAAACAUACUUUUUAGACUCACAGAAAAGUGCCACCCGGGCUCUAAAUGGAAAUGGGCCAAAUGUGUAAUGGAAAUAACUAUAAUAAUGAUGACUAUAAUGCUGUCAGGCAGAAUUUGUAGUGUUUUCCCAUCCUCCUUGGCAAGCAAAAUACCAAGCAUUUCAGAGCUGUAGCUCUUGAAGCAAUAGAUAGAGAUUGCCUAGGCUCUAAGAAUGCCCCCAUCUCCCUUUGGCAUCAAAGAUCAGUGUGAACUAUGCCCAGCCUAACAAAGGUAACAGAAAGAAUCCAAAGCAGCGGGUUGAGGCAGAAACUGGAAUAUCCAGGGAAAAAUGAGGAAGAAAGAUUGGAAAGGGAGUAAUUUGACCUGGAGAAUAAUUUGUGUUAUAAUUCUUUUCUACUGACAAUUUGUGAUUGAUUUUUUUUUAAGCUUAAACACAGAAUUGUGUCUUCUGAAAGAAAAAUGACUAGUUGAAAGAACAAUUGUUAUAUAAUAAGGGAGAAAAUACUGUGCCACGUACUUGGGAUAGCUAAUUAUCUAUACUGCUUGAAGUUGGAGCUUAUGUGGAGUGUUUUAAGCUAUUGAAGCUUAAAACAGUACUAAGACUUUUAGAACACCUUUUAUAAGGUAGGUUAAUGAUAAUAACAGUCUCUCAUGAUAAAAGGAACUGGAUAGUUGUUUUCUUCUGUAAGAAUUAUUUCCCUAUGCACUGUUAUUUGUUUGCUUUUUUUUAGUUUUUUUCCAGUUACAUGUAAAAACAAUUUUUAAUACUCAUUUUUUUAAAUUUCAAGUUCCAAAUUCUCUCCCUCCCCUUCCCCUCUCUAAGAUGCCAAGCAAUUUGAUACAGGUUCUACAUGUUAAGCAUCGUUAUUGCGAGAGGCUGUGUGGCAUUGUGGAUCGAGGGCCUUGCCUUGGAAACAGAAAAUACCUGGUUGGAUAACUUGCUCCUGUGUGGCCAGAGUGGCCUUUGUUUUCUUUGAGUGACUCAGUUUAUCUCAUUGACCCUUGCUGGGCCAUGCCUGGGAGCAGAGAACUUCCUGUGUGACCUCUUCCGGGGCAGGAAGCCCAGAAACCCAUGCCUAUGAGCAGAGAACUUCCUGUGUGAUGAGUCAUGGGGCUGGCUGAGGGGAGGUGUUGACUCCAGAGCCAUGCUCUAUUGGGUGUUAACCUAGGGGAAGGGGCCAACUCAAGAACCAAUGGUCCCUGGUCAUUCAGGCGGCGCUUGAUGAUGUCAAAAACUCUGUAAGAGGGGAGAAGACGGCUUGAAGCUUUCUCUUCCUUUUCCGGUUGGCGCGGGAGCAGUGGCAAGCGUGACUCUGGGCCAGCCUUUGCUCUCGGGCUGGGCCCAGAUGUUGGUAACUAUGAAUUGUAUUGGGUCUGUCUGUUGAUAUUUGAAAUUUGUUUGUAUUUUGUUUUGAAGUUUGGGGUGCUGGUUCGUUUCCCCCAAACUAAAUGAACGUUCUGAACCUCAGGGUGCUGGCUUUUUCCCCUGAAGUAAGCGAAUGAAUCUGUAUUUGGUCUGUCUCUUGAUGCUUGCCUGUAUGCCCACCUGAACUAACUGAAUGCUGGCGUUUUUUCCCCUGAACCAAACGAAUGUUGUCUGUAUGCUAACUGAAUGCUGGAUUAAAGUAAGCUGGUCAACCCCUUCACCGUGCUUUCCUUGUUUAAGCAGAUAAAAAGAACCUGUGCUUUCCCGGCAUGCCAACAGCCUCCUGGGUGCUGGCUGUGGGGGGAAUCUUACGCCCCCACAGAAGCUGCCAGCCGGAUUGUUAAAACAUCCUGAUGCAUACCAGCUGGGGACCCUGGGCAGGUCACACAACUGCUUGGUACCCAAGGCAGUGCUUGGAUUCUGAUUCUACUUCUGAAGAAUGAAAUUGCAUACCAGGACUUCUCUGCACUGAUGAAAUUUUUUUUUAAAUUAUUUGUACAUUUUGAGCUGCAGCAGCUUUGUAGAACCAAGGGGUAACUGAAGUUAUGGUCUGUGUUGGACCAAUUUGAACUGUGUGAUCUUUCUUCAAAUCUAUUUUGAUGGCAUUUCAGCUGCAAAUCUGUUAUGGUGUUUAUUUUUGUAUUUGUAUUUUUGAAACAUUCUUUGGUCCUCCCGAAUUUGUAGAACUGUUUAAUUGUAUUAAGAAUUCUAAAGCAAUUUAUAUAGAUCUAUGUUCUGCAUAAAUUUGAUUUUUAACAUAUGCUAUGUUAAAAUAAAGAUAAGCUGGUGGUAA